AUGUCAUCAAACCCCGCCGUUGCUUCGUUCUCCACAAUAACAACGAUUCAAAAGACCACAAAUAUUCCAGAAACAGCCCGUGAUAAAUUUUUUACAAAUGGUGAAAAAGGGCGGUCAGCCAAAUGUGUAUUAUGUGGAGAAACAGUAAAGGGCAAUUUGGGUGUUACGUCUAACUAUAGUCGUCAUGUGGAAAAAGAACACGGUAUAGAAUUUCAGCUGUCGAACUAA